GUGGGUCGUGGUGACGCUCGAACGGUGCUGAGGGUGGAACGUAGUGAAGAACGAAUGUUUUUUCUUAAUCUACCAAAAUUUCUACCGAUUAGAGCUUAAUCUAACCCGAUUUCUACCAAAAUUAUAAAAUUAUAUAUCAAAUUAUAUAUUAUAUAAAAUUAUACAUUAUAAUCACCCGUAGAAGAUGUAACAGAUUAAUCCCCAUUUUGCCAUCAGGUACAAACGGGGCGAAUUCAUCCCCUGCAUGAGAGAAGAUGGUAGAUAAAGGGGUUGAAAUGGUCUUAGUAGAUGACCUUCCUGGAUGAUCAACGCAGAUAAUCAAGUUAGAUGAACGAGGUAGAUGAUCCCGACUCUCGAUCACGGUAGAUAAUGUAGGUUCAUUACCUCGAUAGUAGCUUUAGUGAAUAUUUACAGAAGAAUAAAAGAUCCGUAAUGUUCGCUCAGUAGAAGAUUAAAAUAGAUGAUAUUAUCUAUCGGAGUAGCACGGUAGACGAUGAUGACAGAUAUUCAUGGUAGAUGAUCUCUUCUGACCAUCACGGUAUAUGACCCCGAUACAUGCGAUGCGGGUUGCGGCGUUGCUGCUGCUGCCGCUGCUCUGGUCUUUAUCAUGGCCAGCAUCCGCUAUCUUGUCAACCCCCAUCACCAACCCAACAAACUCCUUUAUCACCCCUGCAAACGUAGGUGCUACAAAGAUAAAACCUGCGGGCAUCGCAGUAAACCUCAAAACCUCAUCAGUAAUAUUCGAUGUUUCCUCGCCAACCUCCGAAAUUCAGCCACUCAACCUCUUCGUCGCCCCAACCACCCCCAGCAUCCCCGCACACUUCCCCGAUUCCCAUCUCUCUUCCUCCGGCUUCCCGACCCCGACCACCCAUGUUGGGGGGAACAUAACAAGGGAAACAAAGGAGUCCCCCGAGGGAGCUAGGACUCCGAUAUCAAGGGGACCUCACAUACUUCAAGGCCUCUCUAGCUUCAACAGGGCCGCCAUCAGAACCCGGGACAUGACACUCAGCGUGGACGGGACGAGGCCAGAUGCAGUCAACCCUCAUCAUAACGUUGGCUUCCUCGUGGUCAUCUUGCAUCAGGCGACAGGCCAGCGGCUGGCGGCCCCCCAGCUUGUGCAACCCUGGGCGCUGUCGGGGACGCUGGAGGCGCUGCUGGACGCCGUCCAGCCCGGCAGGAUCGUGCUCAUCGUCCUUAGGCCGUCACCACAAGAGGGGCUGAGUGGAGCCACGGUGCGCCAUCUGCGGGCCCUGGGGUCUGUGUUCGUCCAGCACUUGGCCCCCAACACCGCCUGGUUCUGGGCCUACAUCAAGGGUGGCCCAACCCUCGUCGAGGGCCUUACUGCCCCCAGCAAACUAACUGAGCAGCAGCAGACCACAGCGCUUCACGUGGAGGCCUGGGCGGCUUCAGCAGACCAUGAAGCAGAUUUGUGUCCCGCCUGGCCCCAUGACCCGCCGUGGGACGCGAGACGGGCGCUGUGCGACUCAUACGAGCUAUACGGGGACUUUUGUGACUGCAAACGUCCCUACGUCCCGGACUACAGGGACCAGGUGGGACUUAUUACAUCAAUUUACUCCAUACACCACAGAAGUCUCAAGUCAGUGUUCCGGGCAAGCGGUGUGAGCCUGGCUCGUCUAGUCGUAGUCUCAGACUCAACGUAUUCGGAGUUGGCGUUGCUGUGCAAAGCCCUGCAGCUUCUGCACGUCGUGCUGCCCAACGACAAAGUCUUCGCCGUGGAGAGCAUCGCUCAGCUCUACUCCAGCGCCGUCACCUUCGUCCUGGAACGCUUCCCUGCAACAGACUCCAUGAUAUUCCUGGAAGAUGACGUCGAGGUGUCGCCUGACUUCUUCAUGUUCAUGGCUGCCACGGCCCCCCUCCUCAAGACUGACGCAGGUCUGUACUGCGUGAGCGCCCACAACGACCUCUCGUACGUGCACAACUCCUACAACACCACGAGGCUCCUACGCACGGCCAGCAUGCCAAACUAUGGGUGGUUGGCGCUAACUUCAUUCCUGCUCGAGAUGGUCGAGCUCAUCAACAAGGGAGGUGUGCCGUAUGACUGGGACAUCGGCGUCUACAUGAGCCUGCGACGAGGUCGCGAGUGCAUCGUGCCUGAGGUCUCGCGCUCCUUCCACUUCGGCAGCUCGGGCCUACACUUGGAUCAGUAUGCAUACGCCGCCCUAGAGGCCUGGCAGAAUAUCAACAGGGCGGCGCCCUCCGAAUACGACAUCGACGGGCUCAACCCCGAGAAUCACGAGGUGGCAAUCCACGAAGCCUUCUCACAAGCAAUUUUUCUGGACCCGUCCAAAAAUUCGUUUUGUACAGAAGUGUUGCCGGUUGAUCCUCUGUUGCCGUACGUGUCAACAGGUGCACGUCAAGAGGUGCACGUCAACACCGAUAUUAUUGAAGGUCUUCACCCGUCCCUACAAGUUGCCUGGGUGCGUGAGAUGUUGCCAGAUAACAUCACAGUUGGUGACUUCACCCCAGAAACAAUCCUAGUGAUGUUCUUUGAGAUGAACAACACCGACGAGCUCAUGUCGGACGUGUUCGGGGAGCUGGCUCUGUGUUUACGCGUCCAUUGCUGCACCAUCAGGGAGGCACACAACGGCCUCAUGCGCCUCAGACUAGGACCAGCCCACCUCUACCUAGUGGGGUACCCCACCUCUCCCUACAGCCACUACAAGCCGGACUCACUGCCGGUGUUCCGCUAUCGUCGCUCAAUCCACGGGACGCUGGUGACUAAACUGUCGGAAGCCGUUAAACAGAAGAAGGGCUCGAGAGUUCAGGAGGACUCUGGGAACCCGCAGGAUUCCAUGAUGUUGAAUAACCUAAUGAACGCGGAAGACUCCACGAAUCUUUAAGACUACAUGACUCAGAAGUAUUCGGUGUUUCCGGAGAAGUCUCAAGUGAUUCAAUUCAGAUCACCUGAAAGAACUCAUGAAUAUUCAUAACCACAAGCCCACGAAAGCUUAGCUCCCAUCUCUCUUCUUUGCCUACCAGUCGAAAUAUUUGAGCUGCACCUUCUUGGCUCAUUGUAAGCCAUCCUUGCCUACUUUGGCGGCUAUUUAUCGGUCCUUAUCGGCUACUCUCCUCUCAAUCGCGGACUGGAACGCGGAGGAUUCCAACUCACGAUUACUUACAGCCAGGCACAGCGGCACUGGCGAUCCGUCUCUCGAAAACAGUCAAUAAUGCCAACCUCACUCUUCUCCUCAUCAUGAUUGUGCACUCAGAUUUCCAUGACAUUCCGAUUCACUGGCUUUGCUGCUAUACCGUAGAGGCGGUCUGACGUCCUGCCUUGACAUAGAAAGCAACCCUUCUUCAGAGCAAUUCACACUACAGUCCCCAAAUGGUUAUUAUAUCAUCUGCGCUGCUGGACCACUUCAUCUCAGAUUGUCCGGUCUCCAACAAUGCUUCUUGCCCUGACGACCUCACCAUUUUCGUUUCUACCCAAACGCUCGAUGUUGCGCAGGCGGAUGAAUCCAAAAUUUCCUGACCUGCUGAUGCUCACGAAAGAGGACAUCGUUGCCACCUAUCAGACGAUGAGUCUUAAACCACGCAGCCCCCAUCUCUUACCCUCACUUUCCCUGUUCCUCUCGCGUCGCAAUCCUACAUACUUUUCAGUACUAGGCUGAUGGCGUGCUCCAAUCCUUGAAAUUUUAACAAAAAUUUAUUUCUGUUGGCAAAACGACCUUAAUCGUUUA